GACGAUAGUCGAUAAGCAUCAAUGGAAAGCCCAAUUCGGAAAACACGCGCUUUGCACGUGCCCUUGUAUGCACUUAUAAAUACAUACAAUUACAUCGUUUCGUGUUUGUAGAAAUUAACCUAUACAGUACACUAAAAAGGUUGCAAAAUGGCUCUGGCUAGCAGACUUGGAAAUAUGCUUAAGCAGGCAAGCUCUAAGCAUGUCAGCAUAGAAUCGUCUCUUUCAAAUUUAUCACUUUGCCAGGCAGUAAGAUUUAUGUCAUCUUCCAAGCUAUUUGUUGGAGGUCUUCCUUGGAGUAUUGAUGAUGGAAGUUUAAGAGAAGAAUUUGCACAACAUGGGGAGGUCACAGAAGCAAGGGUCAUCAUUGAUCAGAUGACUGGUAGAUCCAGAGGGUUUGGUUUUGUUACUUAUACUUCAAGUGAAGAGGCGUCAAGUGCCAAGCAAGCCAUGGACGGGCAGGAACUUCAAGGGCGAAGGGUAAAGGUCGAUUUUGCAACAGACAGGCCUCGUCAAGGAGGUUUUGGUGGUGGGAGUUAUGGUGGUGGUAACAGGUAUGGAGGGGGUAACAACUAUGGCGGAGGGGGUAACAAUUAUGGCGGAGGAUAUGGAAAUUAUGGCGGUGGCGGCCGUGGAGGGGGCAACAACUAUGGUGGGGGAUAUGGAAGCUAUGCUGACGGUGGAGGCAAUGUCGGAAGUUAUGGUGGCGGAAAUAGUGGCGGGUACGGUGGCGGAAAUAGUGGCGGGUAUGAUGUUGCUGGUAGCGGUGAUGGAUUUUCUGCUGCGGGAGGUUCCAGCGGUGAAUUUAGUGACACUGGCUUUUCAGGAACCGGAUCUGGCGGUACUACCGGUAACGAUGGUCUGAGUCUGGAUGGAGCUGAUGGUGGGGAGCCUGAAGCCAUUGAAAACACGAGAAACUGACACUCUUUUAUUGUCAAGUUAAUUUUUACUUUCUGGCUUGCACUCUCUUUGAAUGUCUUGUAUGGCGUAAUUACAAAAAAUAAUGACUAAUUUAUCUUUGCCAUUAGCCAGUUUAGAGGUCAGUGAACUUUGAGAUUUCCUUCUGUGCUCUCCUUCGGAGAAGGGUGACAAGAAUACUAUAAUUUUGAUUCUGGUUUGUGGUUGUCCUUGA